UUUACACUCUCCUUUUUAUCAACUACCAUUUUGUACAAAUCUACUUUCUAUUGUACAUACACUUCGACUAUGCGUCUCCUCUCCCUUGUCUCCUGCCUGCUGGCAGUAGGCGGACGGGCAGCGGUCCUACGCUCUCCGCUCGAAAAAGGCCCGGCCACCACUUCUGAGAACGCUGCCACAGCCCAGAAUGAGAUCCGGGCAGCCGCAGCUGGCUCGUACUGGCUGGCGGACAUCCCGAAGCAGGGCAUCGCCGCCUUUAAUGCGAAUCCCGCGGGGUACAAAGUCUUCCGCAACGUCAAGGACUACGGAGCAAAAGGCGACGGCGUGACCGACGAUUCUGAUGCCAUCAACCAAGCUAUCAGCGACGGGAACCGCUGCGGUCCGUGGGUCUGCCAGUCCUCUACCGACACCCCGGCUGUCGUGUACUUCCCUUCUGGUACCUACAUCAUCGGCAAGCCUAUUGUCAUGUACUACAUGACGCAGAUGAUUGGAAACCCGAAUGGUCGACCCGUGCUCAAAGCUGCGCCCACACUCCAAGCCCUCGCCCUUAUUGACGCUAGCCCGUACAGCAACCAAAAUGGCGCACCCGGCUGGACCUCUACCAACAUCUUCGCACGGCAGAUUCGAAACUUUGAGAUCGAUCUGACACCUAUUCCUCCAACAUCGGGCGCCCAAGGUAUUCACUGGCCCGCGUCGCAAGCAACUACGAUCCAGAAUGUCAAGAUUCGGAUGAACCAGGCUUCCAACUCAGUCCACGCUGGCAUCUUCGUUGAGAAUGGUUCUGGCGGCCACAUGGUAGAUCUCGAGAUUGAGGGAGGUCUUUAUGGCAUGAAUAUCGGCAAUCAACAGUUUACCAUGCGAAACAUCAAGAUCUCGAAUGCCGUCAUUGGCAUCUCGCAGAUAUGGAACUGGGGCUGGCUCUACAAGGGCCUUGACAUCUCGAAAUGCGGCAUCGCUUUCUCGAUGAAUGGCACGGACCCGAAUAAGAACAACGACCUGUUGGUCGGCUCCGUAGUCAUCAUUGACAGCAAAAUCACCGACUGCCCGACGUUCGUGAACAUGAACUGGGCGCAAAACACCAAGCCUAUCGGUGCCGGGCAACUCAUUCUCGAAAACAUUGCCCUCAGCAACGUGCCUGUCGCUGUUGCAAAAGCCGGCGCCACAGUUCUGGCUGGCGGGAGCACCACGAUUCAAGCCUGGGGCCAAGGCAACAAGUACACUCCAGAUGGUCCUCAGAAGUUCCAAGGCCCGUUGACGCCUGCGAAGCGACCCGCUGGACUCGUGGACGGCAGCAACUUCUACGCCAAGUCCAAGCCUCAAUACGAGAACCUUGCCGUCGGCGACUUCAUCAGCGCUCGCAGCGCCGGCGCAAAGGGCGAUGGUGUUACGGAUGAUACCACUGCCGUGCAGAACGCCAUCAAUCAAGCCGUCUCGCAGAACAAGGUCCUCUUCUUCGACCAGGGUGUAUACAAGGUCACAAAUACUAUCUACGUCCCGCCCGGCGCUCGCAUGACCGGAGAGACAUACCCGGUUAUCAUGGCCAGCGGUUCCACUUGGGCGAGCAACACCAACCCGGUUCCGGUCGUUCAGAUUGGCAAAGCGGGAGAGAGCGGCAGUGUCGAGUGGUCGGACAUGAUCGUCGCGACGCAAGGCGCCACGCCCGGUGCAGUGCUCAUCGAAUACAACCUGAAAUCCGCGAAAGGCUCAGGCCUGUGGGACGUCCACACACGCAUCGGUGGAGCCAAAGGCACUAACCUCCAAGUCGCCCAGUGCCCCACCAUGACCACCAAGACCGAGUGCAUGGCUGCGUACCUGAACGUUCAUAUCACCAAGUCCGCGAGCGGCGCUUACAUGGAGAACAACUGGUUCUGGACGGCCGACCACGACCUCGACGACCCGAACAGCACCCGCGUCUCCGUCUUCACCGGCCGCGGUCUCCUCGUCGAGGGCUCAACCACCUGGCUCUACGCCUCGGGCGUCGAGCACCACGCGCUCUACCAGUACCAGUUCGCCAACGCGCAAGACGUCUUUGCCGGCUUCAUCCAGACCGAGACUCCCUACUGGCAACCGUCGCCCGACGCCAAGUCGCAGCCCUACCCGCUCUCGCAAGCCCUCAACGACCCAGACUACGCAUCCGCAUGCCCCGCCGGCCAAACCUGCGACGCGUACGGCCUGCGCAUUCUCAACUCCCAGAACAUCCUCAUCUACGGAGGAGGCCUGUACUCGUUCUUCAAGAACUACGACGUCUCGUGCAGCGACCCGAAUGCGGCGAACGGGCAGCGGGACUGCCAGAACCAAAUCUUCAGCAUCGAGGGCUCGAGCAGCGGCAUUCUUGCCUACGCCCUCAGCCAGGUCGGCGCGCUGCAGAUGCUGACCAUUGAUCGCCAGGACAAGGCGAAGUGGAGCGACAAUCUGAGCGUCUACUCGAACACUAUUGGACUUAUCAGCUACAAUGUUUGAAGGAAGUCGAUUGGAAGUCGACUGCCUAACGGGUUAGAGCACUGACUCUGGGUAGAGUCGUGGCUUGUUGGGUUAUUUAUUUCUAUCACGUGUAUAUAUUUUAGGUGCGGUUUAAGGUGAGCGUGGUAUGGAUACCCUCGUUCUACAAGCAUUUUCAUCUCUCGUUGAGUUACUUAGGACUGCCGCCUUGGGAUGAGGUGGCAUGGUUGUGGCAUAGGCACACACGCAUGGGUUAGAAAAACUGGACGCAAUAAAGGAUUCUUUG